AUGGGCGACCUAAAGGCGCGCAUCAAGGCCAAGUUUACGCGGAGGAACUCGACGACUCCCUCGGUCGCCUCGUCGACAAAGACGGCCGGCACCAGCGCUACCCUGACGCCAGGAGACGGCCAGCAGCGCCGACCGUGCUCCAACGCUAGCAGCCUGCGCGACAGCAAACUGCUGCAGCAGAGGCGAUUGUCGCAACAGCCGUCGCCUGGACCGUCGCCGGACCAUGCCGAUCAAACAGAAAAGGAUCUCAGCAGCGGAAAGGGGAAGGCGGGCGAUAACGGGGCACAGCGGGAGGAGGAAGUGGAGGAGGAGGAGGACGGAGACGAUAUGAAGGCGGCGGGAGGUCCGCACAGCGACGGCGAGCAAUCUCCCAGUCCUGCGACGGCACGAGCGCGCGAACGAGAACGCGACGGCGACGAAAUUAAAGACGACGAGAGAAGACAAGCGAUGGCCAAGCAGAAUGCGCAUCCCGAUGACGAGGCGGCGGUUGCAACAGGCUCAGCUAGCGCUGUCGCUCGGGCUACUGGCGGGAGCGGUGACCCCAUGACUGGCAACGAUCAGCGCCAGAGCCAGAGCCAGACGACUCCAGCUGUUGGUGCUGGAGCUGGAGCUGGUGCUGCCUCCACAACAAGCGCAGAAUCCACAACAGCCGCCAGCAAACUCACCUCCAUCAACGAACUCCCGUCCUCGACCUCAAUCAUCAGCGAAAACAAUCCCCAGAACAGAGACGCAUCUCCCGUCAUCGACGACUCGACCGACACCGGCGCGAUCGACUCCACCACCGACGACGAUGACCUCUUGCUGAGCCACGACCUCGGCACGCCCACGCCCCGACCCGCCGUCGCCUCGUCUUCUGUCGCUGGUUCCACUCCUGGUGCACCGCCGUACGGCUUUUCCUCGCCCUCGCUCCACCACUACCACGACACCAACACCGCCAGCAGCAGGUUUUCCACGCCCCAGACGCCCGCUGCCGCGGCCGCCGCCUCCCGCCACCACCACCAGCAACACUACCAGCACGGCCUGCUGCCCUCCUCGCCCGUCAGCACCACCACCGCCGCCGCUGGCACCGCCCCCGUUCGUCCCGACGCCGUGCCCCGCCGGCAGAGCCUCAUCCCGGCCCGCCAGACGACCCUCAUCCGGACCCUGCUCAGCCAGGCCCAGGCCGACGUCGACGGCUCCGCCCUCGAGCACUCGCCCAUCACCCCGGGCGGCGCCAGCAGCGUCGGAGGACUCGGAGGAGCAGUCUACCAGCAGCACCUCGCCGCGGCCAUGAUGACCCGCAAGGUCUGGGUCCGCAGGCCCGGCGCCUCGGCCACCCUGGUCACCGUCGGCGAGGACGACGUCAUCGACGACGUGCGCGACCUCAUCCUGCGCAAGUACGGCAACUCGCUCGGCCGCCAGUUCGACUCGCCCGACCUCUCGCUGCGCAUCGUGCCGCGGGAGCAGCGCGCCGAGAGGACCCUGGGGCCCGAGGAGCCCGUCGGCCGCACGCUCGACGCCUACUUCCCCGGCGGCCAGUCGGUCGACGAGGCGCUCAUCAUCGACGUGCCGCUCGUGCGGACGCGCAUCACGCCGCGGGCGUCGCCCAGGGCGGGACCGCCGCACGCGCCGCAUCUCGGCUCGGCUGCGGCGGCAUACUACGUCGGCGAGGACCUGCGCCCCUCCGAGGCGGGCACGGACUAUUUUGGCCCCUCCGCCGUCGCCGCCGCCGUCUCGGCGCACCACCUGCCCGUCACGGUCACGGCGCCCUCGACGGGCGGCAGCGGCGGCGGCUCCGGCCACCCGCACACCAUCAGCGUGCUCAGCACGGGCCAGAUACCGCAGAUACCCUCCCCGGGCAGCGCGAGGGCGCGCACGUACCGCGAGAGGCCCGAGAGGCCGCGCCUGGGCAGGCAGCAUACCUCGUCGCCGACCAUCAUCAACGUUGUCAACGGGCCGCACCACGGCGUCGUGGGCGUCGUGCCCGCGUCCGCCGCCGCGGCCGGCGGCCACGGCCACCAGGACCAGCAAUCGAACGCAGCUCCCGCAGCUCCCCCGCUACCUACACCGCCGGCGCCCGAGGCCACGUCGAUACAGCGGACCGCCACGCCGCCCCCCUCGCAGCAGCAGGCCGCGCAGGCCGUGAACCCGACGCCGAGCAACCCGCAGCGCGUGGGGUCGCCGCGGCCGACGCCCCAGCGCACCAAGAAGAGCAAGAAGAGCCUCGAGGCGCAGCAGCAAUCCUCGAGCUUGGGAGGAGGAGGAGGAGGGGGGGCCGGCGGGGUGAUGACGCUGGGCGGGUCGGUGCCGCCGAUCAACGUGCUCAUCGUCGAGGACAACAUCAUCAACCUCAAGCUGCUCGAGGCGUUCGUCAAGAGGCUCAAAGUUAGGUGGCAGACGGCCAUGAACGGGCGCGACGCCGUGACCAAGUGGCGCACGGGCGGGUUCCAUCUCGUGCUGAUGGACAUCCAGCUGCCCGUCAUGUCCGGGCUCGACGCGACGAGGGAGAUCCGCCGGCUGGAGCGAGUCAACGGGAUCGGGGUGUUUAGCAGCCUGCCCAGCUCGGCGAGCUCGACGCCCGACGGGAAGGAUGAGCAUGGGAAGGGGAAGGAUGGUGCUGCUGCUGCUGCGGGGAAGAAGGCUGGAGGAGGAGGAGGAGCAGGGGGGGAUGGCAGAGACGACAGGCUGCCCAACACUGACAUGUUCAAGAGCCCUGUCAUCAUCGUCGCGCUGACGGCGAGCUCGCUUCAGAGCGACAGGCACGAGGCGCUCGCGGCGGGGUGCAACGACUUUUUGACAAAGCCCGUUAACUUCGUCUGGCUUGAGCGCAAGGUCAUGGAGUGGGGGUGCAUGCAGGCGCUCAUCGACUUUGACGGGUGGCGCAAGUGGAAGGACUUCCAGAAGGCCGGCGACGCCUCCGGGUCGGCGGCAGCGUCUGGGACGGCCGGCGGAGGGUCGGGCGCCGGCGGUGGUACGUCGUCGUCUUCGUCGGCGGCCACGGCGGCGGCGGACGCCAAGGCCAAGGCCAAGGCGAAGAAGAGGCAGUCGCUCAACGCGCAGCCGCAGCAGCAGGCUAUUACCGCUGGGGGCGAUGCGUAG